AUGGCUGGAACUGCUCUUAGAGCACUUCUAGCAGAAGGCUGUGGCCCGGGCAAAGGGGGCCCAAGCCCCCAGCAGAGGUUCCAGCGUGCAAAUGCAGCCCGGGCAGUUGGUAGGCUCCACAUGCCUGGGCGGGUCCGAAGGCAAGAACAGUCUGGGCUAUUGCAUGGCAAUUGGAGUCCAAUUUGGCGGGCACGUGCGGCUACUUCUGUGGCUAGCUUUGUUUUGGCAUUCGAUGGCUUUGCAAAUGGGAAUGCAGUGUUUGCAGACAGUGGAAAAGCAAAGGCAGACAGUGGAAAAGCAAAGGCAGACAGUGGAAAAGCAAAGAUGGAAGAUAGCAUGCGACUUGCAAACCAUGAAAGGUUGGAAAUAAACAUAAUACAGGGAGCCAAACACAUGUGCUUGGCUCGAGGGAGUCUACUGGUAGUCGUAUCAACCUUCAUUUGUUUCCCUUGUUUAGUAUCAGAAAAUGUGAGGUUUACGCCAAUAGUGCUCUGCAAUUUGCACCUAGAACAAACACUUGAUAUACCAGCCAAAGCAGAAAAUGUUAUUCCUGUAGCAAUCACUCAAUGUUUUCAUAUGACUUUAGAGGAAGCUGCAUGA